CUGAGCUCCAGUAAAUCCCAAAAUGACGCUGAUUCACGAUAAUCCAUGAUUUAUACUAAAUACUGAAAUCUGAGGACGAGCGAACAGGAAGAAUGGCACGAACAAGCUAGGCAAAGCGCAGGUUAAUUCAUUUCUUUACCGCGCUUCAAUUCUGCUGCGAAGAGGGUUGCCGCGCUUCAGUUCUGCGGCGAUCUCCCAGUAACCCUUCGACCUAGAGAGAAAAAUAAUGGCGAAACCGGUGGACAGGGAAGGAGAUUGGGAUUUCCACCUGCGAUCCCUAUCCGCAAACGCGAGAGACUCAACCGCUGCUAGUGAUCCAGCUUCGGAUCCAUACAUACUCCAAUCUAUUAAGAAGAUUUACGAUAUCUGCAAGGAAGCUAAGUCGGAGGAUUUAGUAGCCCGCGCUUAUCCGCAUAUCAACAAGCUCUUUCAUCGAUCGGUGGCCGCCCUCCCUCAGUCUCAGGCCUCUAAUGGGCUUCUAUUGCUGGCUAUCCUUCAAUUUUUUCUUGAUUUUGGAGAAAUGGUUUUACACGAUGCUGAACCUAGCUUACGAACCUUUUUUCGCUCCUGUUUAAGCAGAGAAUUUGCAGAUCCUCGUGUUGCAGAAGCCACUCUCGACUUCCUUAACCUAAACAAAAUAAAGCUUAUAAAUGCGUAUCCUACUUUGCUAGCACAGUUUUUCCCUUUGCUAUUGAAGUUGAUAGCAUGGAAUGGUGAGAAAUUUGAAGAAAAGUUUCAGUCAAUUUUACCAGCAAUGAUGUCAAAUGGAUCAUUUCUUCCUCUUUUUCCAUCACUUAUAGACUUACCAAUACUGGUGGUGGCCUUGGAAAAGGUGGAAAGGGGCUCAGGAACUCUUUUGGGAAGCAGCAUCGCUUCUAUCCAGAAAAGUGCAGCUCCUGAGAUGUUACUUGCAUUAAUGGAUGAAGCUUAUACUGGAUCAACUAUUGGAGAUCGUUCUGGUGAUUCUGGAUCUGAAGAUAACAACAGUAUUGAUGUAGCUGAUCCUGUGUUUCUUGACCUUCUAAAGGAUGAGAAUGAUGGGCUUGUUGAACGACAUUGGACAUCACCCGGAAUGACCACAGCCCUACAGGCUGCUAUAAAUUCAUCACUGUCUGUUAGGCUAAAGCAAGCUCUUAAUAUGACCCCAAAGUUUCUUUCUCUGUAUUUUGCUGUAGCGUUACGAGAUAUCAGCGAUUCAUUGGUGUGUGCGUUGAUUCCAAUUAUUAUGUCGAGAAAUUCUAAUAUUUUUCCAGACAAGACUUUCACUUUUGAGGUAAGGAAGAGGCUUUCAGAUUUCAUUUUAGCUGCUUUCCAGGGAUCUCCUCAUUUUAUUGCGCUUUUGAAGAAGCCUAUUGUUGACAGAUUAGGUGAAGCCUACGAUAAUCCUAUAAAGACAGAGUUGGCUUUAAAUUUAUGUUGGGCAAUUGGGGAGCAUGGAGCUGGUGGAGCUUUAUACAUGGAUGUCGCUCGAGAGCUCUUUGAGAGCUUAGAGUUACUUUUAUAUGAAAAUCUUUCUAGCAGCCGCCUGGGCUUAAGCCAGGAAACGGGCUUUGAAUCAAACGGGACAAUUUCAAGAAGAUCUUCGCAAGUUAGGCUUCUAAGCUUCGUCAUAACAGCAAUUGCAAAGCUUGCAACUUGUCAUACGGAAUUGCUUCCACGGACUCAAGUAGCUCUUGCAAAAGUUGCACGGUCUCGUGGAACAGAUAGGAGAGUUUCACAACGUGCUUCUGACUAUUUGGGAUUAUUGAAUGAACCUGCAAUAUGUUUAUCCAUUUUGGGGCCUUCAACAGGGAAAACUCAGAGGCCUGGCACUGUUAAUUGGAGUGAAGGGGUUUAUAAGAUGGUUUCUCCUGUUCCAUUUUAUAUUCUUGCUGAACAAAAAGGUCCACCUUUCCAUGCUUUCUCAUUCUCGGAUAUCUUUCCGAGUGAUGAAGGGUCCUCGCCGAAACCAAGAACAGCGAGAAGUUAAUCAAACUUUGGUUUUGCUGCUGGCAUUGUGCAUCCUGUCAGAAAAGAAGAAGAAAAAAUUCAAUGUUACGAAAAUCUUCUUCAACGAGUGGAUUAUAUUUUAUUUUAUUGCUUCUAUAAUUCCACCACUCACAUCUAUAAUAUAUUGAGUUGCUCACUCAUGUUCAGCAGAAACUUUGUCAUAAAGUCUUACCAGUUACCGCGCAGCACUUUAAGCACAUGCUCUCCAUUAAUUGCUAGUUAUGCUGUAAAGAAGUAUUAUACUGAUUUGUUAGGAGCUCUAAUUUGCAUAUAUUACGUCAUAUUUUUGUGUCAUCCGAAGUCUAUUCCAAGUCUGCAUUU